CCCCCCUAAACCCUAGCCCGUCCGCCCGCAUCGCCGCCAUGGUCGGCCCGUCCGGCCACGCCGCUUCCUCGUCCUCCUCGUCUUCGUCGUCGUCCCGCAGCUUCAUGCUCGACGAGCGGUUCUACAGCCCGCCUCACGUCCGGCGCCAGCAGAUGCUGCUGCUGCAACAGCAGCAGGGGCAGCAGCAGGGCCAGGGGAAACGCCCGCCCUCGCCGUCGACGGCUCCCAGGACGGCGAGGCAGAAGCAGCCUCCUCCGGCUCCGGCUCCGGCGCAGGCGGAGGCGCCGGUGCCGGCGCCGGCGAAGGAGGCGGAGAGACGGGUGGACGCCGGCGUUUCCCCGUCGGUGCCGUCAAAGCCGUCGGUGUCGGCGUCCUCCCCUGCCGUGAAGCCACCGCCGCCGGCGACCGCAUCGGCGGCGCCGGUGCCGGACCCAGCGGGGGUGGAGGAGGAGGAGGCGGGGAAUCUGGAGAGGUUCCUCAGUUCCACCACGCCCUGCGUGCCGGUCCAGUACUUGCCCAAGACAAGCAUAAGAGGAUGGAGGAGUGGUGAUGCUAUGAAGUCAUCACCAUAUUUUUUCCUUCGAGAUCUCUGGGAAGCUUUCAAUGAAUGGAGUUUUUAUGGGGCUGGCGUCCCCCUCAUGUUAAAUGGCAAGGAUUCUGUCGUACAAUAUUAUGUGCCGUAUCUCUCUGCUAUACAGCUCUAUGCAGACCCAUCAAGGCUUUCAACAAGGAUCAGGCAUCCUUGGGAGGAAAGUGAUGAGGAAUCUAUGGAUACUAGCAGCGAAAGUAGCAGUGGAACUGAUGGUGAUCAAUUAAGAGGUUUGGAGAAUGGUGGCUUUCAAAGGGAGGAUGGUGAAUCGCAUUUACCAUCCACUCGUCCAUUAUUCGAGUAUCUUGAGAAGGAUCCACCUUAUGGUAGAGAACCUUUGACAGACAAGGUAUCUAUUCUUUCAAGGAAGUUCCCGGAGUUAAUGUCAAUCAGAAGCUGUGAUCUUCUGCCAACUAGCUGGAUGUCUGUUGCAUGGUACCCUAUAUAUAAAAUCCCUACUGGACCAACGCUCAAGGAUCUCGAUGCAUGUUUCUUGACAUUUCAUUACCUUUCAACAGCGACACCUUCCAGGGAUGCUGACCCUAGUGCACCGGCCUGCCCUCCUGGGGGCAUCAACCGCUGCAUGAACGCAGCCGGUCAGCUAACAUUGCCUGUCUUUGGACUGGCACCGUACAAGUUGCGGAGUUCUGUUUGGUCGUUGGAUGGGCCUCACGAGCAGCAGCUCGCAGCCGCGCUGAUGCAGGCAGCAGAUGACUGGCUCCGGGACCGACAAGUGUAUCACCCAGAUUUCCGGUUCUUCCUUACACACUACAACACCAUAUGGAGAUAACAAGGUGAUGCUUACCCCCCCUUUGUAAAUGGUUUGUGAGCGUUUUUUUCUGUUGUCGGCUGAGCCGGGGCUACCUGUAACACUAUAUGUUGACGUACAGUCGUGUGACGUAGCGUUUACACUUCUGAACUUUCUGUAUCAGUCAUCGGCUUGACGCCAGACAGCGAAUCUGUAACGUCUCAGGUAAACCUUGUGUUGUAGGUAAACUUUUGUGAGGAGGAAUAAAUAUCAUAGUGGAGAAAUGUAGAACAAAAAAAAUAGCUUGUGCAAACUUUUGUUGUUUAGAUUUGAGAAGGAAAAGGAAAACCUUAUCUGUGCA